UCACUAUUUGCUCUGCAACUAAAUACCCUUAACCCUCAUUCAAUUUUCAUAUAUUAUUGCAAUUGUCAAUCACUCUUGUGAGUAAAUUAAUUCAUGGUUUGAUUGCUGAGGGAUGAUUAAAUAGACUGUAGAGAGAUGGAACACUUGUGCAUAAAACCUUUCUACAUGGUCUACUUUGUAUUAUGAUUGACACAAUAACAUGAAAUGGCUGCAAACAGGUCUAGUGAUGGAGAACGCAGCUGCCAUGCUUUCUUAGUUGCUUUGAAAUCAACUCACCACAUUACGAAAUGGAAGAGGCAGAGAAAUUUGAGUUUCUCCACACAGGCAGCACAAACCCAUAUUCUCACUGGCAAACCGAGGAUGACGUCUGAUACACAAAUACAUAUCCUGAAUGUCAAGCGAAGAAUGGCGUCUGAUACAGAAAUACAAGAAUAAAUGGCCUUAAUAUCAGGCUUGAGAAGGAAGACGAUGAUUGCGUUUCGAUGCUGUAGGAUGAAUUCUCCUCGCUUCAAUCACACUACGCCGUCCAAUGACCACCUCCAUCUCAGGGUAUUCUUUGGAGAGCUUUGCUUGAAAGAGGCGCUGCACAUUCUGCUUACCACCCACAACCCACCUUUACAUUCUUCCACAUAUUUUCAACUAUUACAGACAUGCAUUGCCAAAAAUGCCCAUUCAGGGGGCCGGCUAAUCCAUUCUUUCAUCAUCGACAGGGGAUUCAAUUUUGGUAGGGGUGUAUUUUUUCAAAAAAAAAUUAUCAGCAUGUAUGUCAAGUGCGGUAGUUUGGUUGAUGUUCGUAAGGUGUUUGACGAAAUGACUGAACGGGACUGCUUCUCAUGGAAUGUGAUAAUUGCUGCUUACAGAAGACAUGGGUUUUGUCACGAAGCAUUGAUACUCUAUCUCGAAAUGCAACAAACAGGUGUUCAACCCGAUCAGUUUACCUUUGCCAGUAUCCUCCCUGCCUGUGCCAAAAUGAGAGCUUUGGAACAGGGUAUGAACAUCCAUCAGAGCAUAGUGGAGAGCGGAUUAUUAUAUGAUGUUGUUGUUGUGAGUGCCCUGAUAGACAUGUAUGCCAAAUGUGGAAGUAUUCAGAAGGCAGAGGAACUGUUCAAGAAAAUGCCCCAGAGAAAUGUUGUCUCAUGGACUGCAAUGAUUGCAGGAUAUGCACAAAAUGGGUUUCUUGAAAAAGCUUUUGAUGCAUUUAAGCAAAUGCAAUUGAAAGGUACUAAGCCAGACUCCACAACAUAUUCCAGCAUCCUCUCAGCCUGUGCUAAAUUGGGAGCUUUGAAAGAGGGUAUGCACAUCCAUCAAAGCUUAUUGGAAAACGGAUUUUUGUCAAAUGGUGUAGUUGCAGGUGCGCUGCUAGAGAUGUAUGCGAAAUGUGGAAACAUAUUAAAGGCACGCGCACUGUUUGAUAAAAUACAUCAAAGAAAUCUGGUCCAAUGGAAUACCAUGAUUGCAGGAUAUGCACAGAAUGGUGUUCUUGACGAGGCUCUAAGACUUUUCAAAGAAAUGCCGCAACAAAAUGCAGUCUCGUGGACUGCAAUGAUUACAGGAUAUGCACAAAAUGGGUUUGUCAGAGAGGCACUGGAAACUUUUACGCAAAUGCAAUUGGCAGGUGUACAGCCAGAUUUUACAACCUUUGUCACGAUCCUCCCAGUCUGUGCUAAAAUGGGAGCUUUGGAACAAGGUAUGCAUAUACAUCAAAGCAUAAUUGAAAGUGGUUUUUCUUCCCAUGUUGUAGUUGCAAGUAGCUUGAUAGACAUGUAUGCAAAAUGUGGAAGGAUUCGGAAGGCACGGGAACUUUUCGACAAAAUGCCUCAGAGAAAUAUAGUUUCCUGGACUGCGAUGAUUUCGGGAUAUGCAGAACAUGGUGUCCUUGAUGAGGCCUUAACUCUAUUCAAAAAAUCUCCUCAACAAGACAUAAUCUCAUGGACUGCGAUGAUUGCAGGAUUUGCACAUAAUGGGUUUGUUGAAAAGGCCUUGGAGACUUUUAAGCAAAUGCAAUUUGCAGGUGUAAAUCCAGACUCCACAACUUUUACCAGCCUCCUCUCAGCCUGUUCCAAGAUAGGAGUUUUGGAACAGGGUAUGGACUUACAUCAAGUCAUAAUUGAAAGCGGAUUUUCGUCCGAUGUUGUAGUUGCAAGUGCCCUGAUAGAUAUGUAUACCAAAUGUGGAAGGAUACAGAAGGCACGGGAACUGUUUAACAGAAUGCCUCAAAGAAAUGUGGUCUCCUGGAAUACGAUGAUUGCAGGAUAUGCACAAAAUGGGUUUGUUGAAAGUGCCUUGGAAUUGUUUAAUCAAAUGCAAUUAGGUGUUGUAAAGCCAGAUUUCACAACAUUAGCCACCAUACUUCCAACCUGUGCCAAAAUGGGAGCUUUGGAACAGGGUAUGAAGUUGCACAAAAAAAUUAUUGAAUGCGGAUUUUUGUCAGAUGCUGUAGUUGCAAGUGCCCUGAUAGACAUGUAUGCAAAAUGUGGAAGCAUACAGAAGGCACGUGAGUUGUUUGACAAAAUGUCUCAACGGGAUGUGGUUUCAUGGAAUGCAAUGAUUGCAGGAUAUGCAAUGCAUGGCUAUUGCAAUGAUGCUUUCAAACUCUUUGAACUAAUGAAACACUAUGGAACAUAUCCCGAUCGUGUAAGCUUUGUUUGUGUUUUAUUUGCAUGCUGCCAUGCAGGUCUUGUGGAUGAGGGCUGUAAAUAUUUCCAUGGCAUGAGCGACUCUAAUUACAUCUUACCUACAAUGGAUCAUUAUGUAUGCAUGGUUGACCUUCUUUCCCGUGCUGGCUAUCUUGAGGAAGCUCUAAAAUUUAUCAUCAAAGUACCGAUUAAACCUGCGGUGGUUGGGUGGAUGUGCUUGUUGGCUGCUUGUAGAUCACAUAAGAAUGUAGGGCUUGGAGCAUUUACAGCAAAUGUCCUUGUUGAAUUGGAUCCUAAAAAUGCAGCACCUUAUAUUCUUCUUUCAGACAUCUAUUCAGAAGUGGGCAGGUGGGGUGAUGCUCAAAAGGUAAGGAGAUUGAUGAAAGACCGAGAAAUAAAAAAGACACCUGGAUGUAGUUGGAUUGAAAUCAAUAAAAUGGUACAUGCUUUUUGUGUAGGAGACAAAUCACACCCACAAACACGGGAGAUCUAUGCAAAGUUGGAGAAAUUAUCAUGGGAAACGAAGGCAAUAGGGUAUUCUCUAGAUUCAAGACAUGUGCUGAAUGAUGUGGAGGAGGAGGAAAAUGAAUUAUUCCUCUGCCACCAUAGUGAGAAGCUAGCAAUUGCAUUUGGAUUGAUGAACACAUCCCCUGGAACAACUAUUAGAGUCAUAAAAAAUAUUCGAGUGUGUAUUGAUUGCCACACUGCAACCAAGUUUAUCUCUAAGAUUGUUGCGAGAGAAAUCAUCGUGAGAGAUGCAAACAGGUUCCAUCAUUUCAAAGAAGGACAAUGUUCUUGUGGAGAUUAUUGGUGAUGUGAAGUAUCAUCUAAAAGAAUUCCCUAAAGAGGCUCAAAUUAACUAUCAGCCUUAGUGUACGGGACGGUGCACAUGCAUUCCAAGUUCUCUGGAAUGAAUCUGCAACUUACACGUCUGGUUAUAUGAGCUCCUUUGGUGAACGCUAUAUCUAAAUACAGACCAGCAAUACAGCACAGUGAUGGUAUCAGAGUUGCAGUGAUAAGAAGGAAUCAGGAAGUCUUCUGAAAAGCUGGAGGAGGAGAUCUUCAAGGGAAAAGCAGGAGAGCGACGCUUGAAGGCUAUGGAAAGCUGGCUGGCGAACAGGAAAUGUGUGUGGCCGACAAUCGAUCUAAUACUUGGAGCUGGUGAGGAGAACAUCUUCAUGGUUCUUUACUCCAACCUUUGUCAUUUUGUAUGGCCCUUUUUCUCUGUAUUAAUUGUAUAUCUUGUGUCCAUGCCAGGUCCGCGUUUUGGAAAUACAUUACAUUUCUGCAUACCAGAUUAUGUAUGCAAAUUUGUUAAUGUCCAUGUAUAUUUUGUUUCCUUUAUAGUUGUACAUUUCUAAUGCUGCUUCACAUACCUUUGCUUUCUUGAGCAUAUGUUUGUAAACCUGCUCUUUUCAAUUUAUUUUGAUGUAAUUCUGUCUGAAUUUAUUUGCUUUCAUUUUGAGAUUAAUUGUAAUGAUUCAGCUAUACAGAAGCAAAAUUACAAAUUUUAUUAUCUUGUAAAUGCAUAUAUGCAUGGUGCUUGGAAAUAAUGCA